CACAAAACAUUCCUCCAUGGCUAAUCAUAAGGUUUCUAUUGUGUUUUUCUCUAUGCUACUGAGUGUAACCAUAUGUUAUGCUUCUUCUAGAGCUCUCCUCAAUCUAGAGGGAGGUCUUGGCUACAAUGUGGGUGUCACCAUUGGCUAUGGUGCAGGGCAUGGUGGUGGAUCCGGAGGCGGUUAUGGGGGUGGUGGAGCUGCGGGAUAUGGAGGUGGUGGAGGUGGAGGUUAUGGAGGUGGUGGUGGUUAUGAAGGUAUAGUUAAUCAUGGUGGAUAUGGGGGUGGGGGUGGUGAAGGUGGUGGUAGUGGUGGAGGUAGUGGUGGUUAUUCACCUGGUGGAGAGCAUGGAGGAGGAUAUGGAGGAGGUAGUGGUGGUGGGCAUGGUGGAGGAGGAGGUUAUGGUGUAGGUGGUGAUCAUGAAAUAGGAUAUGGAGGUGGAGGAGGAACAGGAAGUGGUGGUGGAUAUGGCGGAGGCACAGAACAUGGAGGUGCAUAUGGUGGUGGAGAAGGCGGUGGUAGUGGUAGCGGUGGUGGAUAUGGUGCAGGUUUAGAACACGGAGGUACAUAUGCUGGUGGUGGAGGAGGUGGUAGUGGUAGUGGUGGUGGAUAUAGUGGAGGUGCAGAACACGGAGGUGCAUAUGGUGGUGGAGGAGGGGGUGGUUAUGGUGCGGGAGGGGUUCCAGGAGGCGGUUAUGGAGGCGGAGAAGGAGGAGGAAGUGGUGGUGGUUAUGGAGAAGCAGGGGGUUUACCUGGUAGUGGAUAUGGAGGAGGAGGAGGCCAUGGAGGAGGUAGUGGAGGAGGCUAUGGUUCAGGAGGAGCUGCAGGUAGUGGAUAUGGAAGUGGUGGAGGAGCAGGUGGUGGUGCAGGAGGAGCUUAUGGAGGUGGGCAUGCCGGUGGUGGUGGAAGUGGUGGUGGAGGUGGCCAUGGUGGCUACAUUCCUUGAACUUCAUAACUUCUAUAUAUAUAUAUAUUCAAAACCUUAAAAGAACCUAUAACAAAUGCUCCUCCUGUCGAAGUGUGGUCUUAAUGCAUGCAUGGUUGGAUUCCCAUUAGUAAAGAAUGCUUAAGAGAAUUACUGAAGUAGUGUCAAUUACUAUUGUGCUUCAAUUGUUAUCCUUAAUGUACCUUCAUAUAUAUUGAUAUUAAAAUAUAUAAUAAUCAAUUUAUUUUUAUCA